AUGUCCGAACCGAAAGGAGAAGAAGAGUUGACUGAAUCCCAAAUCCGGGCAGACUGGAACCAUCGAGCAGAAAAUGUCGAUGGGGAUGAACAAGUUGCGGACUUUUUAGCUCAUAUUCGGAUUGUUGACCAAAGUACAUUCCAAAUCGUUCUACCAACUCUCUGCAUUGUGGCAUCAAAACCAAUUACUGAACCGAGGGAAAAAGAUUUAGAAGCGAUAUGUGCUGAUGUAUUGCUAGAUGCUGAGUCCACUCGACCUUCACGUAGAGCAGUUCUCGCUUGCCUCAAGGAGUUUCGUUUUGGUUCAGCAUGGAGUGACUUUUUCACGUUAAUCGAAGCUCUAGAAGAACCGCAGUUUCAUAUAAUUCGUCCUGUUCUGCCUCGCUUCGAUGCACUUCUCAGUGCAGUUCGUGAAAACAAAAUCGAGUUUCUCUGGCUGAAAACUGCCCUAUUUCGUGCUAUUUCACACACAAACGGGUGGAUUCGAGUAUGGACAAUUGAAAAAAGUGUUGCUAUUGACUGUGAUAUUCUGAAACAGAACCAUCAGUUCAUAACUGAUGUUGUUAUCCCGAGCCUGAAUAACAAUGACGUCUUCUGGAGGCAAUUAGAAAAAUCAAAAAUACAAGAGUUUCUCCUUCAACUUGGUUCAACGGUAGACACCAUAAAAAGUACUCCAGGAUUCCUGCAUAAUCUUCUCAAAUCCGUCGAGUCACUAUCAUGUCCAACAGCAAUUUUCCUUGUCGUUUCGACGUUCACAAGAAUCAAAAGAGAAGAAAUUCUGAAUGACGAUGACGUGGCACUGAUGAGAAGAGUUGUGUUGAGAGUGAGAUAUAUUCCUCAUAGAUCUAUCAGAAUCACAACAAUACGAAAUCUUGUUAUAUUUUAUGCAAAUGUUGCUCAUUUGACUCCAAUUAUUCUCGAAGAACUAUCCAAUCUCAUUGGAUUCAUUUCUCAAGAUGCAACAACUUCGAUGAUCGAUUCGAUAUUCCAACAAAUCCACCAAAUUAUCAUAUCUACUGGGUAUCAGAGUUCCGAAGACCAUUGUGUAUCACUGUUUGAGAACAAAUUUGGUGAAGAUGUGAAAAAUUUAGAAUUACACGCUAAGAUGUGGUGGAUAUCAAUGGGAACAGAUCAAUCUCUUCAGGAAAAACUAUUCUCAAAAAUACAAUUGGAAGUUUCUGAAUUGCUAGGAGAGAAAACUUCACGUGAUCUUGCCACUCAGUUGUUUUUACUGAAAGAACGACCUAGCAAUCUGAAAUGCAACAAUGAUGUAUUGGAAUGUAUGAAGAACGAUCUUGGAGAGUAUAUUUUAAGCAAAGUCGUAUCGAACGAAGGAUCGAAACGCGAAUUCCAAUUACUUCAGUCACUCUAUAUUCCACUAUUUCUCAAGUACUGUUGCCAUUUGGUCACUCCAUUUGCAAUCGCAGUUAUUAAAGUGCUGACUGAAAUCAAAGAAUGUGAAACCACUGCUUUUCUUCUGACGUUUUUUGAGGCGAUUGUCGAGAAUGUUUCAGAAGAUCACCUGAAAAUAUUGGGGGCUAACUUCUUUGAAUACUUGGGAGGUAGUGACGUCAUUGGAAUGAAAAGGCAGAAGAAAUCUGUUGAUGAGUAUGAUAGCAAAGAAUUCAAUAGCAUUGUUGCUACUUUGCACUCUCUUCGCAUCAAGCUUCUGAAUAAAUUUAUCACGGAAGUCGAUGUCAAUUCAUUCCUUUCUGAAUGCAUCGAGCAGCUCGACAUUGCUUCAGCUUUCCCGGUGAAACAACAAAUUUGUCAUCUCAUUUCAAGAUUCAUUCGAAAAUGCUCUGAUCAUAAACUGGCAAUGCAGUGUAUCCGUGCUUGUUCGAAUAUUGUUAACGAAGAGAAGAAAUCAUUGAAUAGUUUACCAGCACUCGAAUGUUUUGUAAAUGUAACAUUGAGUGGUCCACAAAAUAACCCAGAAGUGUGCAGAGAAUCGAUUGAAUACAUUGAAUCACAAUUGUCAAUCGCCUGCCAAAGUACGCCAGUUGCACUGAUUCUAGUGAACGCCAUCACAAAAUACCGGACAAAUCUUAACAUUAGUUGGGCUCCAAUUAUUGUCAAGUUAGCCCUAUUUGGUCCAGUACCAAAAAAGGAAUCUCGUGUUCUUUCAUAUGCUUACUCUAAAAUUUUUGAUGAAGAAGACACACUUCUUGAGAAUGAUCAAAUUGAAAGACUGGAUGAAGUGGUUCAAAAAGCUCGGUUUAAAGCAGUUAUUCUGUCGCUCAAACUGUCCUCAGAAGGCUACAAAACCUGGCCAGCAGCUCUCAUCGAAGAAAUUUUUAAUGCAUCAGCUAUAUUGGAUCAAAGUUCUAGUAGAUCAUUCGGACUAUCUAUGGCUCAUAGGCAGAAAACUAGAGGAGUUGAGUUGUUACAUUUGCUGGCUGCAAAAAUUGAAGAUGAGGCACUUGCGUCAAAGAUCUUCGACUUUUGCAUCAGUUGCGUUGUGGAUCCAUGUCAGCAGUUCUCGAUAAAAUUGAUUGUCGAAUGGACUCUCGCAAGACUUUGCAUAAAGUUUGAGAAACUGUUCGAAAAACUGAUUGAUAGCGAUUUUGAGAAAAAUAUGGCAUCCCAAAGAAUCGGUUCAAUGUGUUCUUGGUUAAACGUUCUAAUGCUAAUAUCUCGUGCGGCUCCUCGAUUGGUCGACUCUUGUCUCGAUAAAGUAAUCGUUUGGUGUACAGCUCAAAAUUUCCCUGUUAGAUGUACUGCUCUCGCUGCUGCUCGUCUCAUGUUUUCCACUUUCGACAAGGAUCAUCGUAAAAAGUGGAGACUUGUGAAAUCAAUUGUUAAUUUCGAUGGAGAACCGUCCGGAAAUUCGAAACGUGUUAUUGAGAAUCUGUGUACAGAUUUUUACUUCGCCAAGCUGCAUAUCAAUGACCAUUUCGACUUCCAAACAAUUCUAUCUAUAGUUGCUAGUCGUACUGGAAUGCCACCAGAAGAAACAAUUUCUGAGAAAAUCAUCUCACAAUUGAAUACAGAUCCAAAUUUUGUCAAAUCAACAAAUGAAGACGUUGAAUUUCUCUCUGCUCCAUCAGAAGUCUAUUCUGCUCUUUCCAAAAAUGCUAGCUGUGCUCCGACUAUGGAAAACGAUAAUGCAGUCGACGACGAUGAACUAUUUGUUUCAUCUGAAGACCCAAUCGAAGAAGUCGUUACAUCAUCAUUUCAAAGAAAGAUUGUGAAGGACAGUGAAGUGAAAGACGAUGGAGUAUCAUUAAUUGUUGUUGCUUCUCUUGUGGAUAAACCAAACAAUCUCGGUGGAAUUUGUAGAACAUCGGAAAUUUUCGGAGUCGAUACUCUAGUCGUCGCUGACGUUCUUGUUGCACAAGAUUCGAAUUUCAAAGCAUUGAGCAUGAGCUCUGAGAACUGGCAAAAAAUCGAAGGAGUUAAACCUGCGAAUUUGCUCGAAUACCUCCAAGGUCUUCGAUCACAAGGUUACACUGUAAUAGCUGCAGAACAGACAACUGACAGUGUGAUGAUGCACAAUUUUGUAUUUCCGAAAAAAGCUGUAAUUGUGAUGGGUGACGAAAAAGAAGGAGUACCUGUCAACCUUCUGAGAGCUGUUGAUCAAACAGUCGAAAUCAAGCAAGUUGGACAUACGCGAAGCUUGAAUGUGCACGUUACAGCUGCAUUAAUGAUUGCUAAAUUUGCUGAACAAGUCAGAUUUGCAAAAAAUUAA